AGAUUCCCGUCCAUAUGUUUUUAAUAUUCAAAGUCUCAGUAAGAGCAAACUGUUCAUUAUGAGCAGUUCAAUAAUUUUACAAGUGUUGGUGGUUUACACCGCAGUUGAUGGGUUUACUUUCCCUAGUGAUUGGAAGAAGAUAAGACAGAGUAUGCUAGAACGAAGAUUAGAAGAAAACAAUGAAAUGUCAGUUGGUGUCAGGGGCAGUUUUCUAGAUAAUUCAGAUAUAGAAGAAUUGGUUGUUAUACAGAGAGAACGUGUACGCAGUCCUCCUCCUUUAGUACAGAUUGAUCCGCUUAUGGAGGAAGUUAUGAGAAUAUCUAAUUUUACAGAGCUUGAGAUUAGAUUUAGCUCAAAUGACUUCAUUCAAGGACGGAAUUCCUUCGGCGAACCCACUCCGCUACCCUCUACUCCAUUUAGAGGUUCCGAUGCAGUAUGGAACUUGACUAAAUCUUUAAUACGGAGUAGACUCUACGAAGGUUCAACUGGGAACUCUCUAUUCUCUCCUAUAUCUAUACUAACUGCUCUCAAUAUCCUACUCUUGGGGACUACAGGAGAAAUUCAGCAAGAGAUGAUAUCAACUUUAGGCUAUCCCCGGUACACGGGUCUAGUUCACUCUCAGUUCCAGCAGAUUAUAAAAUCUAUGAACGAGGAUAUCGGUGUCACUAUUUCUACCUCUAAUGCACUGUUUUCACAGGUAAAUUUUCCGUUGGAGCAAAGAUAUAAAGAUGAAUUAAAAUUCUAUUAUGGAGAUUUGGUCGAGAUAAUUCCUCUAGACUUCACUAGAAGACCUAUAUCUACUAUGAGAAUCAUGAAUAGAUAUAUCCGCUCUAAAACGAAGAAUCUGAUAGCGAAUAUGUUUACCGAGCCUGUACCCCAGGACUCUAAACUAGUUAUAUCCAAUGCACUUUAUUUCAAUGGAACCUGGGAGUAUGAAUUUGAACUGUCUGCAGAUUACACUGGAAGAGAAAUUCUCUUCAACAGUUUCAAAACUUCCAUUGAUAUUACUAUAAUGGAGGGAAACAUGGACUUUCCUUUCCUUGCAGAUCCUGAAGUCGGAUUUCAAAUUGCCAGUCUUCCAUACGAGCAUGAUAUUAGAAAUGAAGAGAUUUCGGAGGCCCACAUGUUCUUUGUACUUCCCACAAGGGAAGGAGAAGAAGAAUAUAAAAAUCUUGAGCAAAAGAUGACAAACAUGGAUUGGGAGGAUGUGUUUAAUCGAAUGGACCAAGUUUAUGGGGAGAUACAAAUUCCAAGAAUGAAAAUGGAGUUUCAGGCAAAUCUGGCCCCAACCCUUUCAAAUCUAGGUUUAAAGAAACUAUUCUCUGGAAGAGGGAGUUUAGACUUCUCACCUUUAACUCCACGCUGGGAUCAAUUCAAGCUUGAUACACUUCAACAUAAAACAAUACUCAAGAUUACUGAGAAGGGAACGGAAGCAGCAGCAAGUACAUCAGCAUUCCAGUUCCGGAUGAUUCCCAGUAUUUCCUUCAAACUAGAUCGUCCAUUUUUUCUUUUCAUCUAUGACGCACUGAACAAGGUUGUGAUAUUCUGGGCUAGAGUAGUGGAACCUACUCCUCUGGAGUAUGAUGAACCAUAAACUGUAAAUUUGGU